AUGGAACCAGCUCAUCAAUAUUUACUAAGUCAACGGCUAGUGUCAUCAAAUGUGGAUUUUGAUUUGGAGGAAAAGGAAAUGAUGACAACUGGCAAAACAACGACACAUGCACCGAAAACCAUUGUGACAACACAAUUCCCAAAUACCAAUCAAGGAGGCACCUCAGGUUCAUGGCUACCAAAUAAUAAAGUUUCAAUAAAUUUGGAUUUUGAAACAAACAAUAUAGAACACACCGAUUCAGUUACGACGUCUGUUCCCAAGACUACAAUGUCCUUAAGCACAGCAAAAAGUUCUAAACCAGAAAUUGAUACAACCGUUGGUAGUACUCCGACGACCGCUCCAGCAACAAUGAGUACCAUGACAACUGGAGAUCAGCCGGCCAUUUCCGUCACUAAUCCGCAAGAAGACAAUCAAAAGACGACAACCGGCUCAAAUAUUGACAGUUCAAAACCAGGCGUAGAACCAAGCAGCGAUGGUACCAUAACCACGACAGUGUCAUCGCCAACGAGUACCAUGCCAACAACAGAACACAUAACUACAGAGCCAACUGCACUGGAAAAAGCUGAAUCGUCCGCCACAAGUACUGGAACAAUGGACAAUCAUGAACCAAGCAGCGCUGGUACCAUAACCACGACAGUGUCAUCGCCAACGAGUACCAUGCCAACAACAGAACACAUAACUCCAGAGCCAACUGCACCGGAAGGAGCUGAAUCGUCCGCCACAAGUACUGGAACAAUGGACAAUCAUGAACCAAGCAGCGCUGGUACCAUAACCACGACAGUGUCAUCGCCAACGAGUACCAUGCCAACAACAGAACACAUAACUCCAGAGCCAACUGUACCGGAAAAAGCUGAAUCGUCCGCCACAAGUACUGGAACAAUGGACAAUCAUGAACCAAGCAGCGAUGGUACCAUAACCACGACAGAACACAUAACUCCAGAGCCAACUGCACCGGAAAAAGCUGAAUCGUUCGCCACAAGUACUGGAACAAUGGACAAUCAUGAACCAAGCAGCGAUGGUACCACAACCACGACAGUGUCAUCGCCAACGAGUACCAUGUCAACAACAGAACACAUAACUCGGGAGCCAACUGCACCGGAAAAAGCUGAUUCGCCCGCUACGAGUACUGCAACAAUGGACAAACAUGCCGAAACAACCUCACCUGUGUCAAUUAAUGUAGAUCAUUCUGAUGCUGGUCAUACAGAUUCUGCUUCGAUGCCCCCAUCGAUUGAAACGAAUAACAAAGCAGAUGGUGUGACGCAAUCAUCAUCAUCUGUCAUUGCCGAGAUUGGAACUCAUUGCAAUGCCACAGCUGAGGAGCCAGCGGACAAAAAUGAACCCAUUCCUAUUGAAAUUGAUCGCAAUGAAAACGAUUUAGCACCAAAAGAUGAUGUAACAACAAUAGCAAAUGAAGCUGCCGUAGAAAAUGAACCCAAUAAUCAGAAAGAGACAUCGACACAGCCAAAUGUUUUAGAUCAAAUUGCUGAAUCCUGUGGUGAAACAAAGAAGAAAUGUGAAACAACCACAAGUAUACCUGUCGAAAUACAAGAAUCAAAUGAAAAUGUUGCCAUCACAACAAUAAAGCCAACAAACGAAGCGACUCAGAUGUUCAAUGUCAUAAAAGAAGCCAUUGAAGAAACAAGCAGCGUUCCAUUGAUUUCAUCUACGAUCGGUUCACUACCGAACACAGCUAGGGAAAAAGGAAACCAAGAUGAUGGAUCAGUAUCGCCCACGGACGAAACAUCAACCGUCGACCCAGAAAAUGAUUCAAAAAUGUUUCGAGGCUCAAUUAGUGUUAUUGUACCACUUCUUUUUAUUAUUUUGAUAUCUAAUAGUUUAAAUUAGUUAUGAAAUAUCAAAUAUUAGCCGUUGUUUGAUUUAAAAUUUGUUGAUUUUCAAUUUUCUAGUCAAGUUUGAUGCAAGAUGUUGUGUUCAUACCCAAAAGAAAAGAAACAUCAAAAAAUAAGCGCUAGCGUACACGUCAUGAAUUAGUUUAUGAUAAUUGAAACCAUUUUUUUUUCUUCGUAAAUAGUCAAAGUUCGAAAUUUGUUUUGACAGUGGGAGUGUUAUAGAACGAUGCAUUCUAGUUGGAGCGGCACUGAUAUGAAAUUUUUACUCAAUAUUACAUCAUGCAUAAAGUAGGGAGAGUGUAAUUGAGAGAGAGUGAAUUGAUAAACAACUAUUAAUGAUUUCAGUUGGCACUUAAUAACAUGUGCAUUUUAUCAAAAUUGUGUGCCAUUCAGACACACAAAGUUACAUUUAUGUCCAAUUAUUUUUUGCCCGAUUAAUGUCUAUAAUUAGCAAAAUGUUUUGAAAAUAGCUUAAAAUAGGUUAUCAAUUGAUUUAUUAAAUUUAAUUUAAUUUAUAAAUAAAACUACAUUUCAGUGACAAAAAA